CUUUCUUGACUAAGAAACUCAAAGUUGAGGAUUAGCUUCCCAUAUUUCCCAUUUGCCUUCUGGAAGGGAAGUUGAAUCCAUUCAUUUUCUUUCUUUCACUCUGUAUAUCAGCAGGACAAGUAAAUUGAAGGGUAUUGUGCUGCUGCUGCUGAUGAUGACAUGUGAUGUGAACCAUCAUAGGAUAAAAACAAAUGGUAUAUGGAUGCACGUAGCUGAGAAGGGAUCGGGUCCGGCUGUGGUGCUUCUCCAUGGCUUCCCAGAAACCUGGUUUGCUUGGCGCCAUCAGAUCGAGUUUCUGGCGAGCCAUGGCUACCAUGUGCUCGCACCCGACUUGAGAGGUUACGGGGACACUGAUGCACCUCUUAAUCCUUCUUCUUACACUUGGUUCCACAUAGUUGCUGAUCUUCUUGGUCUUCUUGACCACUUUGCUGCCCAACAGGCCGUGGUGGUUGGGAUAGAUUGGGGAGCCCUUGCCGCUUGGUAUCUCAGCUUGCUGCGCCCUGACAGAGUCAAGGGAAUCGUAGCUCUUGAUGUUCCAUUCGCACCAAGAUUUACUAGUAUUAAGCCUCUGGAUUCAUUUAAGCAAAUGUUCGGGGAUGACUUUUACAUCUGUCAGUUUCAGGAAGCAGGGAGAGCAGAAAGGGCAUUUGCAAGGUACGAUUGCUUGACGGUGAUGAAGAAGCUUAUGCUCAUCAACCAGACUGAUCUGCUCAUAGCCCCUCCUGGAAUGGAGUUGAUUGAUUAUUUAGGAACCCCUUCCUUCUUGCCACCUUGGAUUACAGAGGAAGAGCUCCAGGUUUUUGCUGACAAGUACCAGGAGUCGGGCUUCACGGGUGGUUUCAAUUAUUAUCGAGCUUUCGACCUGAACUGGGAGCUAUUGGCGCCGUGGCAAGGAUCAAAGAUAACAGUUCCAGCUAAGGUGAUAAUAGGCGACAAGGAUAUGGGAUUUGAAUCUGGUGGGACGAGGGAGUACAUCCAAGGGAACACUUUCAAGAACCUAGUCCCUAAUCAUGAAAUCGUCAUUCUUGAUGGUCAUCAUUUCAUUCAACAAGAGAGACCUCAGCAAGUUUCACAUGAAAUUUUAUCCUUUCUCCAGAAACUCUCUUAUUAGUUAAUUGUAUUCUCAAGCUGCUUUUUCCGGAUCAGUUUUUAAUUGUAUAUGGUGAUGAUUAUCAUCAGUCAAUCAUGCUUCCAAUUUCAUCCAACUUCACUAUACGUGUUGUGUGAUGUACUUGCAACUUCACUAUACGUGUUGUGUGAUAUGUACUUGCAUUUUCGGCAAUGCGGCACCUCAUGUUCAUUUCUCUA